GUUUUGGUGAUCACAUUCAUUGGAGGACACUAGAAGAUGGGAAGAGAGAAGCAGCUGCCAGCAACAAAAGGUCCUUUAAGAGUCAAGGGAUACCGGAAGUUGUUUGUAUUUCCGGUUUGUGUCCGGAAAAGCCGGACACCCGGAAGUUGACCCCCGAGGUUGCACAUGGCCGCGCCCUUGGAGGAUGCCGCUCGUAGUGUUUUGCGGGCUGCCGUACUGCGGGAAGAGCCGACGCGCAGAGGAGCUCCGCCGGGCGCUGGCAGCUGAGGGCCGCGCGGUGUACGUGGUGGACGACGCGGCGGUUCUGGGCGCGGAGGAUGCGACAGUGUAUGGCGAUUCGACCCGUGAGAAGGCGUUGCGUGGGGCCCUCCGCGCCUCAGUGGAGCGGCGCCUGAGUCGUCACGAUGUGGUCAUCCUUGACUCGCUUAAUUACAUCAAGGGCUUCCGCUACGAGUUGUACUGCCUGGCGCGGGCGGCACGCACCCCGCUCUGCCUGAUCUACUGCGUACGGCCAGGCAGUCUGAGCGGGGGACCUCGGGUGGCGGAUGCGGAGGAGAACCGGAGCCAGAAUGUCAGUGUGACUUGGCGGCCGCGUACUUUAGAGGGAGGGAGACCUCUGGUAGCGGGCACCUGUGUCCUUAGGGAACCGCAAGCAUUGGACUCUGUAGUAAAUGGGAGAACCCAGGCACACGUACCGGAGGAACUGAAGCCGGAGGAAGCCAGGGCGCCAGAUCUUUCACCUCUCGUGAUUCCGGAACUCGAGAAACCUGCAAAGCAUGUGUCCGGUGUCUUUUACCCUCCCGAACUUCUGGAGUCCCUAAUACAGCGCUUCGAGGCUCCCGACUCUCGGAACCGCUGGGACAGACCCCUCUUCACCUUAGUGAGCUUAGAGGAGCCGUUGCCCCUGACAGAGAUCCGGGCUGCCCUUUUUGAGAACCGGGCUCCUCCACCCCAUCAGUCUACCCAGUCCCAGCCCCUUGCCUCCGGCAGCUUUCUGCACCAGUUGGAUCAGAUCACCAGCCAGGUAUUGGCAGGACUGAUGGAAGCGCAGAAGAGCGCGGUCCCCGGAGACUUGCUUAAGCUUCCUGGGACCACGGAACGCCUUCAGUUUACCCGGCCUUUGUCCAUGGCAGAACUGAGUCGCCUCCGACGCCAGUUUAUUUCCUACACCAAAGUGCGUCCCAACAAUGAGAACCUGUCUCAACUAGCCAACAUGUUUCUGCAGUAUCUGAACCAGAGCCUGCUCUAACCACAGGGGGUUGGGGAAAAGCCAUAGCUUCGUGUUUAACCUGUACUGCACAGUAUUUUUCUGGGAAGAUUAAUUUGAAGGUCUGCAUAGCAUAUUGAUGUGUGAUUCUGUGACUGAUUCAUAUUUUGCAUAAUGCCUCGGUGCCAGGCCUUGAGUUUGGAGCAUAUGGAGACUAGAAAGAAUGUGGAACUAACUUGAAGGAUCUUGGCAAAUUCCUCCAGAGGACAGAGAUCAGGUAGACAGGGCUUGCUUAGAUUGGGUUCUACUUGGGAUAUAUAGUACACUGCAUUGAUUUCCCCCAUCUGAAUUGUGGGAGAUUAGACGGGAUGGAUGAGUUAUUUUAAAACAAUUGUGAACAGAAACUGAAGAUGGCACAGUUCUGCAUCUGCACUGGUCCUCCUUUCAUACCACAAAUAGGUUUUUUAGUGCUGUACCUAAACCUUCUGCUAGUCUCUAUCCUGGGGUCUCUGGGGUCACAGAUAAAUCUACUGGUUUCUGUACCUGGGAAGCUUUGGUUCUAGUGGAAGUGAAAGACAUAACCACUAGAUUAUUUCAUCUAAUAAAUUUUUUUAGAAGAAGAGGGUUGGCUGGAAUCUCUUUCAUUAAUGUAACAAUGUCAUUCAUUUAAUUUAUUUAAUAUAACGUUUUAGAUAUACAUACACGGGUGGGCAAAAGUAGUUUUACAGUUGUGAGUACAUGAAAGUUUAUUAUAUUUAUUAUUGUAUUAUUUUCCAUAUGAACAAAAGUAAACUACUUUGCCAACCACUAUUAUUACUAUUGUGCCUUUGACUGAAAUAGUACUUCAGUAGUGCUUAGAAAGAGAUGGGAUAUUUUGUUCUAAUCUAAAGUGAUUAUAACUUAUGUAAAUUGUGCUUCAUUCUAUAUUUUAAAGCAAAUGUCACUUUAAGCUUAUCUUUCAUUCUUCCAUUGAUUUGAUUUAAAAAAUGGUAGGGGCUUGUGAUUUUCAAAGAUGAAUUAGGUAAUCUUUGCCCUUGAGAAGUUAAUAGUUUGGUGAGAAAUAUAGACAAGUAAACAGAAUAUUACAGGAAUUAAGGGGUUGGUGAUUAGAGGUUGAUCACAGAAUGCUUUGGGAGUCCAGAGAAGGAAAGGACUAACUAGCUGUUGAGAGAAGGUGAUUUUACAGAGGGGAUUAAUAUGUGAACUGUCGCUCUAGAACAAGGGAUAGCAAAGGGCCAAAUAUAAAUAUUUUAGGCUUUGUGGACCAUAGCAUCUCUGUUCCAGCUUAUCAGCUUUGCCAUUGUAACACAAAAAGAGUGAUAGUAGGUAUAAAAGUGUGGCUCAAUUGGUUGGAGCAUUGUC